AUGCCGAAAUUACGAGUGGUUAGAGAUUGCUUACUACUCUGUCAUGAUCAAAAUUAUAUUAAUGACGAAGAGUUUCUUUAUCUCUAUGAAAUAAACCAAUCGAAAAAUCCUGAUUUUCCAUACUGGAUUCAUGAUCGCUUCAACUUAGACAAGUUAAACGACAGCGAAUGUGCGGCAGAAUUUCGCUUCCUUAAAAGCGACAUAUAUAAUCUACAAGAAAUAUUGGGUAUUCCAGAUGAAAGAAGGUGUUAUAACAGGCUUGUUGAUGGAAUUGAAGCGCUCUGCAUUCUUUUAGAGCAAUUUGCAUACCCUAUUAGAUAUAGUGAUACCUAG